AAAGCAGGGCCAUACCUUCGUUGGUGGAAGAUUAUAGUUAGCUACAGCAGUGCAACUGUCUGCUUGAAGAACUUGAACUAUAUGUAUGUUAUAUAGGCUUAGGACUUUAUCAUUUGUUCUAGUAUACUAAUCUCGUUAUGUUGGUAACGGGCUGACUACAUAAGGAAUUUCUAAAACCCCUGCAGAGGUCUACUGCUGAGUGUUUUCAACGCAUCUGGAUUUCAGGAAUCCCUGUUUUAAUUUGUUACCUAUCUUCUUAACCACCAAGACAUGGUGCUUUGGAUUAUCUUCCCAAUUUCCCUUGCCCUGGUGUCUUUCAUUGGAACAUGGACUGUAUAUGGCCUGGCCUUCUACAACAACCAUGUGUGCUCUCUCAGUGACUGGGGAGGCGACACCUACUGCAGAGAGAAUCAGUCCACUGCAUGCUGCCUUGUUCCCACUAUAAGCUCAAGUGGAACCAGUGCACCCGAAAACUGCCUUUUUACAGCCGUAAUCAACGCUGGAUCCUUUCUGUUUCUGGUGUUCUGCAUAUUCCACCAUGCCCAUAUUAUGGAGAAACACUCAUGUCAUUCCAUGCAAAGCAAGUUUGCACUGGUCUUUGGUGUUGUGGCAGCCAUGGGGGCAUUCGCAGCAGGGAACUGCAAUCCAGGUGACCUGACACUCCUUCACUACCUCGGGGCUGCCAUCAGUUUCAUGUGCAUCUGCUUUUACACUGUCCUGCUCACUGCACUCACCAGUAAGUGUGUGCUGACAGGAUAUGAGAAGGUCCUCUACCCAGUACGCAUCGUCCUCACAGUGAUUCAAGCCAUUGUCACCAUCUGCUACACCGCUUUGUUUGCCCAGGACGAGUACUUUUACGUUCAUGUGUCAGCUAUAUUUGAGUGGAUGCUCAGCGUCAACCUGGAGCUCUUUGAGCUCAGCUAUACCGUGGAGUUUUGCUUCUUCUCGUCCUACAUGCUUUCAAAUCUAUUGAGCAAACGAGAGGAAGAAAAGCCUUUGAUGAUAAGUAUGUCCUGAUAUGAGGCUGCCAGGGUCCGGCUGAAGCACAUGAGCAGGGAGAAGGGACUGAGUGAGACAUCUAUAAAGACAGUGGCUGGACCGUGGCUAGAGGACGAAUAAUGGUUUUUCUUCAUUUUGCUGGGAUGGAUUUAUAUUCAUUUAUGGAUUAUGACCACUUUUAUUCCACACUCUUGAUGCUGUUAAAAUUGUAUGAUUUUCAUUUCUGGGCAUUUCUGUUCCUUAGAUAAAACAUUAUUUAUUUAUUGAAACAAACCAGCUUGUACAGCAAAUGAACAAAACCUAUCAGUCGUAUUAUACUUUUGUGGAAGACAUGGUGAUACUCUGCCAAUAGAACAAAUAACCUGAGGUGUCUCUACUACACAAAUUAUUUAUGUUAAUACUUUUUUUGUGCAAUGACAUAAUUGAUAUAAUUUUUGUGCUAACAUAAUCAACAAUGAACUAAAAUAUCCUCUCACUGAAACUCUCACUGAUGCUGGCUUAACAUUAGGAUUCUUCAGUGGUUCUAAGCACUUGCAUAGGUUUGGCACUUUAAUAAAUUCCUGAUCACUGUACGCA